CUCCUCUCUCCUCCCUCCUUUCCUGCUCGGGAACCGCACCCUGCCACCAUGGGCGAGCUAAUCCUGGAGCUGGCCCUCCUGAGUGGUCGCCAUUGCCGAGUAUCCGCGCAGCCCAGUUGGACGGUUUGCGAGCUGAGGCGUGCUGCUCAACAGCAGCUGGGGCUGUGCAUUCGAGCAUUCUUCGCGGAUGGCCAUCAGCUGCGGGAUGGGCGCACUGUGGCGGAGUUGGGCCUUGUGGAUGGCCAGAUCCUACAGGCGGCGGUGCGUGCGGAGGUGGUCUCCUUUUGGGCCGACACCUUUAUGGAGGACGAACUCGACUGGCCCCAGGUGGCCGCCUUCGCCGGGCUCCGCAGCAACGGCACCGUGGUCACCUGGGGCUGCCCUUGCGUAGGGGGCGACAGCCAAGAGGUGCAACCCAGCCUCACGGAGGUGCAGGAGAUCCGUUGCUCCAUGGGCGCCUUCGCAGCUCUGCGGGCGGAUGGGCAAGUGGUAACCUGGGGCGACGUGGAGGCCGGCGGCGCGCUGACCGCGCGAGUCAGCAGCCGCUUGGUGCAGGUCCGCGACGUGUGCGCCUCCGGGGGCGCAUUUGCGGCCCUGAAGGCCGACGGCUCCGUGGUGUCCUGGGGCCCGAAGCUCUACGGAGGCGACAGCCAGGCGGUCCAAGGUGAGCUGCGCCAGGUGCGGACGAUCCGGGCCUCCGGGGCGGCCUUUGCGGCUCUGCGGGCGGACGGGUCUGUGGUGACUUGGGGCCUUCCAGGUGAUGGAGGUGACAGCCAGGUUGUCCAACAUCGGCUCACGGAGGUUGCGGAGAUCUAUUCCAACGAGCGCGCCUUUGCUGCGUUGAGAACGGACGGCUCCGUGGUGACCUGGGGCUGCGCGGAAGAUGGGGGCAACAGCACGGCCGUUCAAGAGCAGCUGAAGGACGUGCGCCACGUCGCGGCAUCGGCGGCGGCCUUUGCAGCGCUUCGUGGGGAUGGUGUCGUCGUCACCUGGGGGAAGGCACACUAUGGCGGCGACAGCAGCGCGGUCCGGAAUCAACUGCGCAAAGUCCGGUUGGUGCACGCGACGCUACGCUCCUUCGCGGCGGUGCGGGAGGACUUGUCGGCGGUGAGCUGGGGGGAUUUCGGGGCCCCGCACCGCGUGGAGCAGGUGCGGCACAUCUGCGCCUCCGCGGGGGCGUUCUGUGCGCAGCUGGCGGGGGGCGGCCUGGCGGCUUGGGGCCGCGCCAAGUUUGGGGGCGACGCUGCGCCGGUGCUGCGGCGCCUCACCUCCGGCAGCGCGGUGAGGGAGGUGCGGAGCCAUGCCCGGGGCUUCGCGGCGCUGUUGGAGGAUGGGGAGGUAGUGGCGUGGGGCGAUGCUGUCGGGGCCUAUGGCAAGAAGGAUUUGGACGGCAGCGCCGAGGCCCUGAGGGCCUCGGUCUUCGGUGAUUUCGGCGAAUAGUGCCGGUGCAGCCUGAAAGACUUGUGAUCUAUUGUGAUCCUUUACCCUCCGCAAAUUGGAGAGUGCGCAAUAUCAAACGCCCCAUUGGGGAGUCACUAAGUGUAAGGGGGAGGGACAUGGCCCGACAGGAGUGUCACUCCCUUGAUGCAGAGCGUGCCAUUCGGAGCCGGCAUCGACUCCGAACCGGCCGAGUCGAAAGACCCACUGCGCCUGCCUCCUCAGGGUGAAAAGCCGGAUGUGUGU